GCGCUCCUCCUCCUCGAUAGAAAAAAAAAGAAAGAGAGGAAAAUGUGGUGUUGCCAGUGCUGUACGCUGCCGAGCUCAACCACUCCAGCCUGCUGCUCCGACCAAAGCGUGGAGACGGACGGAGCUACCAAUUUGGAUCCCUCAGGCCGGUUUCUCGCAGGAGGCAGCGUACGGCGGUGACGCGGCACCCGGCGGGGUCACGGGAGCGCAGGUGCGCAAGCUAGAGCGAUUCCGGAAGCACAGCCUUGAAUUUGGAGUCGUGCGCGCCCCCCCUUCAUCGGUGCGGUGUCCUAGUUGAAUGCGUACGAGCAAAUGAGGAAGAGCUGUGGCCUCAACUCCGGUCCCGGGAGGCCCUUCAACGACCGCCGGUGGCUGCUCCCCUUCAUCGCGAGCCUCCUCGUGUCGGUCACCCUCUUCCUGGCCGCCGCCUGCGGCCUCUUCUCACCGCCCUACUUGGCCGGCGACGACGCCUUCCUAUUUGACGUCGUCUCGUUCACCGACUGGGACGACGGAGGCUCACCGUCGCAGCGGGACAGCAGCCAGUCAGUGGAACCCGAGGCAAAGGACCGGCUGCUGGACGACAACGACAACCCCGACAACGCCGCCGUGAACUCUGACGACUCCGACGCCGAGCCGCCCAGGCUGGCGUACCUCCUCGAGGGCACCAAGGGCGACGGCCUGCGGAUGCGGAGGGUGCUGCAGGCGAUAUACCACCCGCGCAACCAGUACAUCCUGCACUUGGAUCUGGAGGCGCCGCCACGGGAGAGGAUUGACCUGGCCAUGUACGUCAAGGGGGACCCGAUGUUCAGCCAGGUCGGGAAUGUGCGGGUGAUCGCCAAGGGCAACCUGGUCACGUACAAGGGGCCGACGAUGGUCGCCUGCACGCUCCACGCCGUGGCGAUCCUCCUCAAGGAAGGCUUGGAGUGGGACUGGUUCAUCAACCUCAGCGCCUCAGAUUAUCCCCUCAUGACGCAAGAUGAUAUACUUCAUGUUUUCUCGUCUUUGCCAAGAAAUCUUAAUUUUAUAGAGCACAUGCAAAUAUCUGGAUGGAAAAGGAUCCAAAGAGCAAAACCCAUAGUUCUGGACCCAGGGCUUUAUCUGUCAAAAAAGUUUGACCUUUCUACGACUACUGAGCGGCGAGAACUGCCAACAUCUUUCAAAUUAUAUACUGGUUCUGCUUGGAUAAUGCUCACGAAAUCCUUCCUGGAGUACUGCAUAUGGGGUUGGGAUAAUCUCCCACGUACCCUCCUGAUGUACUAUGUCAACUUCAUCUCCUCACCAGAAGGUUAUUUCCAUACUGUGAUCUGCAACUCUGAUGAGUUUCAGGGCACUGCAGUUGGUCAUGACCUGCACUACAUUGCCUGGGACUACCCUGCAAAACAGCAUCCACUGACCCUCUCCAUGAAGGACUUAAACAACAUGGUCAAGAGUGGCGCGCCCUUUGCGCGGAAGUUUCCAAAGGAAGACAAGGUCUUGGACAGGAUCGACCGUGAGCUUCUGCACCGCUCUGAAGGCCAGUUCACUCCUGGGGCAUGGUGUAAUGGGAGCUCUGAGGGAGGGGCUGACCCUUGCUUGUCUAGGAAGGAAGACUCUGUUUUAGAGCCUGGUCCAGGCGCUGACAGGCUGCGUGGCUUGAUGAAGAAGGUGCUGUCAUGGGAUUACCGCAACGGCAGCUGCUCGACUCUCUCAUACGAUCAAACAAAGAGAGACUGGUAUGUUCCCAGAAGUAAAGGAUAAUUUUGAUUGCCUGCUUGUAAAUGAAAGAGGUUGACCCCUUCCACUUAAAUGAACAAUGCUGAUGAGUGCAACAUUCUGACCAAGGAAAAUGUUGAAAUGGUGAUGUUCAUACUA